CAUAGAAGAAGAAAAGCGAAAAGUCAUGGCGGCUGACAGUUUGUAAUGAGCCAACGAAAACAGCAAAGGUUCUUGCAAGUUGGACUAUCACCGGUUAAACCAGGCUCGGGGAUAAAUACGCAAACGUCAAAAUGCUGAUAACUUUGAAAACCUUACAGCAGCAGACGUUCAAAAUCGACAUCGAUGAAGAGGAGACGGUGAAGACAUUAAAAGAGAAGAUUGAACAGGAGAAAGGAAAGGACCAUUUUUCAGUUUCUGAGCUGAAACUGAUAUAUGCUGGUAAAAUCCUCAGCGAUGACACAGCCAUCAAGGAAUAUAAAAUCAAUGAGAAGAACUUUGUGGUCGUCAUGGUGACAAAGACAAAAACAGCCUCGGCUGCCCCUCAACCUUCACCUACCACUUCAGCUCCCAGCACUACAGCUCCUGCAGCACCUUCUGCCUCGGCGUCCAGUUCGGAAAACACAACAGAUCAUGCCCCUACAGAUGACAAACCAGAGGAGAGACGGUCUUCUUCUGUUGAAAUAGCUUCCACCCCUGUUGGAAGCUCUGAGGCGUCAACAAACACAAGCCUAAUUGAUGAGGCAGUUUCAACUCUAGUGACAGGCCCAUCAUAUGACGCCAUGGUGAACGAGAUGAUGCUCAUGGGAUAUGAGAGGGAGCAGGUGGUAGCAGCUCUGCGAGCAAGCUUCAACAACCCAGAUAGAGCUGUGGAGUACCUGCUCACAGGUAUUCCAGGCAGAGGAGAUCAGGGUCAUGCAACAGGGCCGGAAGUGGCGGCGCCUCCAGUGAGUGGAGUUCCUGCUGCACCCACUAGCAGUAUUAGCAUUCCCGCCAACACUAGCUCUUCACCAAGUGCUGGGGGAGGCAACCCCUUGAGUUUCCUGAGAAAUCAGCCCCAGUUCCAGGUGAUGCGACAACUGAUCCAGCAGAACGCUGCCCUGCUUCCUGCCUUGUUGCAGGAGAUCGGCAGGGAAAACCCCGAGCUGCUGCAGGAGAUUAGCAGCCACCAAGAGCAGUUCAUCCAGAUGCUGAAUGAACCCAAUCCAGAGGCAGUGCCAGCAGGGGGAGCCGGAGGGGUGGCAGGUGAAGCACCCGGAGGGAGUCACAUGAGCUACAUCCAGGUCACGCCACAGGAGAAAGAGGCUAUUGAGAGGCUAAAGGCUUUAGGAUUUCCAGAGGGGCUUGUUAUACAAGCCUACUUUGCUUGUGAGAAGAACGAGAACUUGGCCGCCAACUUCCUUUUACAACAGAACUUUGACGAUGAUUAAAAGAGCCAUGUUCAUUUUGACUUUUCUUAUUUCUUCCUCUACUUUUUGAUUGCUGAUAUUGAAUAUGUGUACAACAAGCCCUUUAAAUUUAAAAGAAAAGUUUUAUUCACUACUUCCACAUUCACCUUUCUUAAUAACACUGGAUCAUUAUCAGCUAGCAUACAAGGACAUGCUGUUGUUUGUAAUCAGUUUGAAAUGGAGAAGCAAUUAAAGUACAAUAACUUUGCAUUAGAAAUCACCUGUGUGCUUUUUAUUUUUUAAUAAGACCAAUAUGAUUUUUUUUUUUUAAAGGAAAAUCCAAAUGGCUUGCAACAGGAGUAUAUGUCAUAUAAGUGAAUUUAGUUCAGGGUCGAUCUGAAAGGUUAUGGAAGUAUUCAUGCAUUGUUCUGUUUUUUUAAAGUUCACAAGUAAUGGAGAUUUUAAAAUUAAAGUUGUGCAUAACAAACGA